AUGACAGAUGAGGGAAAGGAACAGUUCCGAACCGCGCGAGAUAUCCGCAAUGAAGCCGCAGAUUGCAAGCGCUGUGAAGAUCAAAGAGACUACCUGUUACAGUACAGUCCGAUCAUACGUUUUUUGAGCGACAAUAUUCGACAGCUGGGGGGCGAUCUUUCCAGUCACAAUAUCUAUUGCCGCCGCUGUACGAGCAGAAAGGCUGGGGGUUUUGAUCCAGAAUAUGGCAUCUUGCUUUGCGCGAACGAGAUGAAGGACCAAGGGCAUCUGGAGGACACAAUGGCACAUGAGAUGGUUCAUGCAUAUGAUCACCUAAGAUUUAAGGUGGACUGGACAAAUAAUUUAAGGCAUGCGGCUUGCACAGAGAUCCGAGCAAGCUCACUUAGUGGUGAGUGCAGAUGGGCGCGAGAAUUCUUCAGACGCGGUCAGUGGAAGUUCACGCAACAACAUCAGGAGUGUGAUGAAGCCCAUGCGGAGAAAGUGGUCAAUGAGGUUUGGGACAGCUGUUUCAGAGACACGCGGCCCUUCGAUGAGAUUUACCGUUGA